GCAUAAGAGUAAAAGGUUUUCGACGGGCUCCCGUGGUAUAUCGGGAAUUCUUUAAUUCGCCUUUUUUCAGGCAAUAAAACCUCGAACAAGAGGUUUUAUUUCUUUCCGACUUCAGCUACAGUGAUAGCUAAGUUUGGAAAGAAGAGGAGAGGUAGACGUAGACGGGCUUUUUUGCAAGAGAUUAAGGUUUUAUGUUGUAUGUUUUGCUGCGAAUUGACAACCGCUACGAAGGAAUAUACAUAUAUUUUUUAUUUCUUUUAUUGCACAAAAAAACUAUAAAGUGAAGUCGAAAUGAAAGGCUCAACAUCUAAAAAGGGCUGUUGUGAUUCUACGCGUGACUUUUUCACAUCUGCGAAGUUUCUUAUCUAUGUCGGACAUGCUUUAUCAACCUGGGGGGACCGCAUGUGGAACUUUGCCGUGGCUGUGUUUCUGGUCGAGCUGUACGGAAACAGUUUGCUCCUGACCGCUGUGUACGGCCUGGUGAUGGCGGGAUCGGUGCUGCUGCUUGGGGCCAUCAUUGGGGACUGGGUGGACAAAAACCCUCGUCUCAAAGUGGCCCAGACGUCUCUGCUCGUCCAGAACUGUUCAGUUAUCGUGUGUGGUGUCAUGCUGAUGUUGGUGUUCCACUUUAAAGAAUCACUCACACACCUCUAUAACGGAUGGCUGCUGACAUUUUGCUACAUUAUGGUUAUCAGCAUCGCUAACAUUGCGAACCUGGCCAGCACUGCCAUGUCCAUCACCAUUCAGAGGGACUGGGUGGUGGUGGUGGCUGGAGAUGACCGCAGCAGCCUGGCAGACAUGAACGCCACGGUGAGAAUCAUUGACCAGCUGACCAACAUCCUGGCCCCGAUGCUGGUGGGACAGAUCAUGGCGUUCGGUUCCCAUUUCAUGGGCUGUGGUUUCAUCUCGGGCUGGAACCUCUGCUCCAUGUGUCUGGAGUACUUCAUCUUGUGGAAGGUGUACCAGAAAACGCCAGCGCUGACCAUCAAGGCAGGACAGAAAGACUUCGGCAACCAAGAGAUGAAGCAGCUGAACGUUCAAAGAGAACUGGAGAACAGCGAAGGCCUGGCUGAAGGUUCACAGCUGAUGAACGAGAGUGCUGCGGGGAAGUCGGAUACAGAGGAGAAGAAGAGCUGCUGUUAUCAGAUGUCUGAACCCCUGCGCACUUUCCGUGACGGCUGGGUCGCCUACUACAACCAGUCCAUCUUCUUCGCCGGCAUGUCGCUAGCCUUCCUGUACAUGACCGUCCUGGGCUUCGACUGCAUCACCACAGGUUACGCCUACACGCAGGGCCUGAACGGCUCCAUCCUCAGCAUGCUCAUGGGAGCCUCGGCCGUGUCGGGUAUCUGUGGCACCGUGGCCUUCACGUGGGUGCGCAAGAAGUGCGGCCUCAUCCGCACCGGUUUCCUCGCCGGCGUGGCUCAGCUGUCCUGCCUCUUGCUCUGUGUCGUGUCCGUCUUCGUUCCCGGAAGCCCCUUCGACCUGAGCGUCUCUCCCUUCCAGAGCAUGAUAAGCCAUCUUCUGGGGGACAACGUGCCGCUGCCCGAGGCACCCACCAUGGCCAGCAGGAUCACCGAAGCCCAGGCGGUGCUCAACAUCUCCACCAUGCAGGCCGAGGAAGUCCCGUAUGUCGAGUCCUAUCUGUCAGUCAGUCUUCUCUUCGCUGGAGUUAUUGCUGCUAGAGUGGGUCUUUGGUCUUUCGACUUGACCGUGACCCAGCUCAUCCAGGAGAACGUUGCCGAGGUGGAGCGAGGGAUCGUCAACGGCGUCCAGAACUCCAUGAACUACCUCUUGGACCUGCUGCACUUCAUCAUGGUCAUCCUGGCGCCCAACCCCGAAGCUUUCGGUCUGCUUGUCAUCAUCUCCGUCUCCUUCGUCGCCAUGGGUCACAUGAUGUACUUCAGGUUCGCCUUCAGGAGCCUCGGGACUCGGCUGUUCCUUUGCUGUUCGCCCGAGCAGAAAACGGACGCCGACUCUCCCUCACUUCCGUCCGUGUAAGCCGUUUAGAGGGACGCUUAUCCCUGCCACGACGACAUGUAUUACUCUGAAACGCUGCGUGAUCGUACUAACCACGCUUGCACAGCCAGUGUAUCUACUCAUACUAAUAGUUAGCACCGUUCACCUCCGAGGUGCCGCAGUAAGGACGCAAAGAGAAAAAAAACCAAACGCCAUCACUCUUCAGUUCCCUUUACCGUGCUGCAUGUGACCUGUAUAUAUUCAGCUUAGCUAGUGCAUGCUUAAUUCAGUACUAUUUUAGCAGUGUAUUGUUACUUAACGAUUCAUUUCUCGUCAUCGUUUUUUUCCCCCUCUCGCAAUUCAGGGGUAAAGAGCCACAUUCAGGAAUGCAUACGAGCUACAAUCUGACAUUACGUCUGAUCUAUAGUCAUUAUGUCAGCUUUGGUGGUGCUAAUGUGUUACUGCAAAAGCUAUGCACUCACAUUUUUUUUUUUUUUUAAUAAAUCCGAAGUGGAAUUAAAAAUUGCUUCAGGAGGAAGGAGUGAGGGGAAAACAUCCGUCUGCCUUUAUUAUACAUUCCAGGAGUUAUGUGAAUAUAAUAUAAUACAAUAUAAUAAAUAGGCGUUUCUACUUUUUAAACAAUCCAAUGGCAACUUGACUUCAGAGUUUUUGGUUUUUUUACUUCACUCAAAUCAUUGCAUUAAACUGCGAUAUAUUAUAGUAUACAUGUUAAAAUAGCGAUUUCUGCUUUUUUAAGAGUCUGUUGUACAUGGCAACCUCGAUAGCAACUUAUCAAGGGUUUUUUUUUUGCCCAUUUUAAUUGAUCUCAAUCAGAGAAAAUUGGCACAGUGUGUUAACCUGCACGUUCAAAUCAACACGACACCCUUUGAUUUUAAAUUUAAAUAGCACAAAAGAUUUUUCUUUCUUACCACCCCACCACCCCACAAUUUUUUCCAAACACAAGCACUUUACGUGAUUAAGACAUAAGCGCAUCAAUGCACAUUCAGGUCUGUUUAACAUUUUGCACAAUUUCCCGCCGUAGCAGAGUACCAGCUGCACAAAUCCAGCUUUAAUAAUCCGCCGAAGAAGAAAAAGGAAAAGAAAACGUCAGCUUUUACAAGGGAAUAAAAUCUCAGGCUCUGUCCAGAAUUCAUUGGUCUUGCUCAAGUACAAAGUAAACACGGCAUAUUUAUUAUUUCAGUGUGGGUUUCGAGGGACGUGUCUAACAACCUGCCAAACCAGAAAGUGCAGACGGCAGAGACGCUUUUCUGUGGGGCGUUUGUGUGUAAUAAUGGAGGUUAGAGAGCAGCACGGGUCAGCUGUAGAGGACGUCUGGUGUUCUUCAGCUGAACGCUGAGUCAGUGCUGAAGAUUGCUGAAGGGCAGCUGGUCUCUGUGUGCACACGCAGGUGUUAACAAAUGGCGAUAGUUCUUUUUAUUUUUACGUUUUCGCCCCAGAAAUAUGAGCACAUAGCCAGCAACGGGACACUGUUAAAGAUUAUAUUCUUCUUUCAGGACUAGAUUUGAUUCUUCUGUAUUUACGACUUUGCUGAAUGUUUGUGACAAAAUAUGAUGUCUCUAUCUUUGAUUUUUUUUUUUGUGUACAUCUGUAAAGUGUUUUUAUAUAUACAUAUACACGCAUACAUAUAAAAAAUAUAAAUAUAUGUUCUAGUGUAGUGUUCUAGUUAAUCCUCAUAGUAUUGUAGCGUUGUAAUGAAACAUCACUGUAAUGUGCUGUACGACACACAGAAUCCACAGACAUGUGACAACAGAGACACUCCACUCUGAUGGAGGAACAGCAAACAGCUCGGGAGUCAUGUGUUUCACAUGCUUGCUUUAAAAAUUUGCAAUAAAGACUUUUUUUUUAUCCA